CCGCGAGGCGGCCGCCCAGGUCCUGCCCCUCCCUCGCGCUACUGCGGGAGCAGCGACCUCCCGGGCCACGGCGCUUCCCGGCCCCGGCGCCCCCGGACCACGGCGCUCUCCGGGCUCUUCUCUAGCUCUCAGCGGCUGCGAAGUCUGUAAACCUGGUGGCCAAGUGAUUGUAAGUCAGGAGACUUUCCUUCAGUUUCUGCCUUUGAUGGCAAGAGGUGGAGAUGUCUGUGGUGGCGAUUACAGAAAACAUCUGGGAAGACAAGUCGCUGUUUUUAUGGGAAUCGCAGGCUUGGAAGAGACAGAAGCAAUUCCAGAAAGAAAUUGGAAAUUGAAGAUUUAAAGAAUGUUGUUUUAAAACAUUCUUUAAAAAGAAUGAUGCCAGAAACUUAAAAAGGGGCUGCGCAGAGUAGCAGGGGCCCUGGAGGGCGGGGCCUGAAUCCUGAUUGCCCUUCUGCUGGGAGGACACACGCAGCCGAAGAUGAAUUUGGGAAAAGUAGCCGCUUGCUACUUUAACUAUGGAAGAGCAGGGCUACAGUGAGAUGGAAAUAAUCCCAUCAGAGUCUCACGCCCACAUUCAAUUACUGAAAAGCAAUCGGGAACUUCUGGUCACUCACAUCCGCAACACUCAGUGUCUGGUGGACAACUUGCUGAAGAAUGACUACUUCUCAGCCGAAGAUGCGGAGAUUGUGUGUGCCUGCCCCACCCAGCCUGACAAGGUGCCCUGGGGACAGGGACAGGCACGGGCAUUGUGUGGACCCUGGGAGCUGGAAGAGGCCUCUCCUUGUUGAUCUGAGUGAAGAGCAUGGGAGUUUAGUCCAGCGGGCAGGGCUGCACUUUGGGGUACCAAUAGCACACAAAUGCCUGGGUUAGCAGGUUGCACAAUCAGGUCCGCAAAAUUCUGGACCUGGUACAGAGCAAGGGCGAGGAGGUGUCCGAGUUCUUCCUCUACUUGCUCCAGCAACUCGCAGAUGCUUACGUGGACCUCAGGCCUUGGCUGCUGGAGAUCGGCUUCUCCCCUUCGCUGCACACUCAGAGCAAAGUCGUGGUCAACACUGACCCAGUGAGCAGGUACACCCAGCAGCUGCGACACCAUCUGGGCAGUGACUCCAAGUUCGUGCUGUGCUAUGCCCAGAAGGAGGAGCUGCUGCUGGAGGAGAUCUACAUGGACAGCAUCAUGGAGCUGGUUGGCUUCAGCAAUGAGAGCCUGGGCAGCCUGGACAGCCUGGCCUGCCUCCUCGACCACACCACCGGCAUCCUCAAUGAGCAGGGUGAGACCAUCUUCAUCCUGGGCGAUGCUGGGGUGGGCAAGUCCAUGCUGCUGCAGCGGCUGCAGAGCCUCUGGGCCACAGGCCGGCUAGACGCAGGGGUCAAAUUCUUCUUCCACUUUCGCUGCCGCAUGUUCAGCUGCUUCAAGCAAAGUGACAGGCUGUGUCUGCAGGACCUGCUCUUCAAGCACUACUGCUACCCAGAGCGGGACCCUGAGGAGGUGUUUGCCUUCCUGCUGCGCUUCCCGCAUGUGGCCCUCUUCACCUUCGACGGCCUGGACGAGCUGCACUCAGACUUGGACCUGAGCCGUGUGCCUGACAGCUCCUGCCCCUGGGAGCCUGCCCACCCCCUGGUCCUGCUGGCCAACCUGCUCAGCGGGAAGCUGCUCAAGGGGGCUAGCAAGCUGCUCACAGCCCGCACAGGCGUCGAGGUCCCAUGCCAGUUCCUGCGGAAGAAGGUGCUUCUCCGGGGCUUCUCCCCCAGCCACCUGCGCGCCUAUGCCAGGAGGAUGUUCCCCCAGCGGGCUCUGCAGGACCGCCUGCUGAGCCAGCUGGAGGCCAACCCCAACCUCUGCAGCCUGUGCUCUGUGCCCCUCUUCUGCUGGAUCAUCUUCCGGUGCUUCCAGCACUUCUGUGCUGCCUUUGAAGGCUCACCACAGCUGCCCGACUGCACGAUGACCCUGACGGACGUCUUCCUCCUGGUCACCGAGGUCCAUCUGAACAGGAUGCAGCCCAGCAGCCUGGUGCAGCGGAACACACGCAGCCCAGUGGAGACCCUCCGCGCCGGCCGGGACACUCUGUGCUCGCUGGGGCAGGUGGCCCACCGGGGCAUGGAGAAGAGCCUCUUUGUCUUCACCCAGGAGGAGGUGCAGGCCACCGGGCUGCAGGAGGGAGACAUGCAGCUGGGCUUCCUGCGGGCUUUGCCGGAGCUGGGCCCCGGGGGUGACCAGCAGUCCUAUGAGUUUUUCCACCUUACCCUCCAGGCCUUCUUUACGGCCCUCUUCCUCGUGCUGGACGACAGGGUGGGCACUCAGGAGCUGCUCAGGUUUUUCCAGGAGUGGAUGCCCCCUGGGGGGGCAGCGACCGCAUCCUGCUAUCCUCCCUUCCUCCCAUUCCGGUGCCUGCGGGGCAGCGUUCUGGCGCGGGAAGACCUCUUCAAGAACAAGGAUCACUUCCAGUUCACCAACCUCUUCCUGUGCGGGCUGUUGUCCAAAGCCAAACAGAAACUCCUGCGGCACCUGGUGCCCGCGGCAGCCCUGAGGAGGAAGCGCAAGGCCCUGUGGGCACACCUGUUUUCCAGCCUGCGGGGCUACCUGAAGAGCCUGCCCCGCGUUCAGGUUGAAAGCUUCAACCAGGUGCAGGCCAUGCCCACGUUCAUCUGGAUGCUGCGCUGCAUCUACGAGACACAGAGCCAGAAGGUGGGGCAGCUGGCGGCCAGGGGCAUCUGUGCCAACUACCUCAAGCUGACCUACUGCAACGCCUGCUCUGCCGACUGCAGUGCCCUCUCCUUCGUCCUGUAUCACUUCUCCAAGCGGCUGGCCCUGGACCUAGACAACAACAAUCUCAACGACUAUGGUGUGCGGGAGCUGCGGCCCUGCUUCAGCCGCCUCACUGUUCUCAGACUCAGCGUAAACCAGAUCACUGACGGUGGGGUAAAGGUGCUAAGCGAAGAGCUGACCAAAUACAAAAUUGUGACAUAUUUGGGUUUAUACAACAACCAGAUCACCGAUGUCGGAGCCAGGUACGUCACCAAAAUCCUGGAUGAAUGCAAAGGCCUCACGCAUCUUAAACUGGGAAAAAACAAAAUAACGAGUGAAGGAGGGAAGUGUCUCGCCCUGGCUGUGAAGAACAGCAAAUCAAUCUCUGACGUUGGGAUGUGGGGCAAUCAAGUUGGGGAUGAAGGAGCAAAAGCCUUCGCAGAGGCUCUGCGGAACCACCCCAGCUUGACCACCCUGAGUCUUGCAUCCAACGGCGUCUCCACAGAAGGAGGAAAGAGCCUGGCGAGGGCCCUGCAGCAGAACACGUCUCUAGAAAUACUGUGGCUGACCCAAAAUGAACUCAACGAUGAAGUGGCAGAGAGUUUGGCAGAAAUGUUGAAAGUCAACCAGACGUUAAAGCAUUUAUGGCUUAUCCAGAAUCAGAUCACAGCUAAGGGGACUGCCCAGCUGGCAGAUGCAUUACAGAGCAACACUGGCAUAACAGAGAUUUGCCUAAAUGGAAACCUGAUAAAACCAGAGGAGGCCAAAGUCUAUGAAGAUGAGAAGCGGAUUAUCUGUUUCUGAGAGGAUGCUUUCCUGUGCAUGGGGUUUUUGCCCUGAAGCCUCAGCAGCAAAUGCCACUCUGGGCAGUCUUUUGUGUCAGUGUCUUAAAGGGGCCGGCAGAGGCGGGACUAUCAGGAGUCCACCGCCUCCAUGAUGCAAGCCAGCUUCCUGUGCAGAAGGUCUGGUCGGCAAACUCCCUAAGUACCUGCCACAAUUCUGCAGAAAAAAGAAUGUGUCUUGUGAGCUGUUGUAGUUACAGUAAAUACACUGUGAAGAGACUUUAUUGCCUAUUAUAAUUAUUUUUAUCUGAAGCUACAGGAAUAAAGCUGUGAGCCAAACAGAGGAGACCAGCCUCAGCUCAUUCUAACAAACACCUGCCAUGGGGACCAACGGGAGCGAGUUGGUCACUGCUGUUUUCAUUGAAGAGUUGAGGAUGUGGCACAAAGUUGGAGCCAAGCUUCUUGAAUAAAACGUGUUUGAUGGAUUAGUAUUAUAACUGAAAUAUUUUCUUCCUUCUCAGCACUUUCCCAUGUAUUGAUACUGGUCCCACUUCACAGCUGGAGAUACCGGGGCAUGUGCAGUGUGGGAUUUGACUCCUCCAAGGUUUUGUGGAAAGUUAGUGUCAAGGAAAGGAUGCACCACAGCCUUUUAAUUUUAAUCCUGGAGUCUCACCGUCUGCUGGCAAAAUAGAAAAUGCCCUCGGCUCUUAGCUGGUCUAAGAAUGACGAUGCCUUCAAAAUGCUGCUUCCACUCAGGGCUUCUCUGCUAGGCUGCCCUCCUCUGGAAGGCUGAGUACCAUGGGCUACAGUGUCUGGCCUCGGGAAGAAGUGAUUCUGUCCCCCUAAAGAAACGGCAUGGCUUGCCUUUGUGGCCCUGGCAUCCAAAUGGCUGCUUUUGUCUCCCAUACCUCAUGAAGAGGGGAAGUCUCUUCCUGCCUCCCGAGCGGUUGAAGGGUGACUAAACUGGUGCCAAGAGUCAGGGGAUCGGCUGGGAACUGGGCCAGCAGAGCAUGUUGGACACCCCCCACCAUGGUGGGCUUGUGGUGGCUGCUCCAUGAGGGUGGGGGUGAUAUUACUAGAUCACUUGUCCUCUUGCAAGCUCAUUUGUUAAUAAAAUACUGAAAACACUCUUACGGGUUGAGUCUGGAGUUUUUGAAGGGACUUGGCCUGGUAAGCACUCUGACUCCUGAGCCCCAUCCUGACUCACUCCACAGCGGAGAAGGGGCUCUGGGGUGAUGUGCUGUGAGGAGAGCCUGAUGAAGGCCAGGGGCGUCACCAGUUUGAUCCUUCACAGGCCUCUCUGCCUACCAAGGGACAGGAAGAGGCUGCGGCAGCCUCUGAGGUCUCUCCAUCUGGCCUCUGAAUCUCUUCAGAUGGCUUCUCAGAGGAAAUAACUUGUGAGUAGGGGGUGGCUGGUGCCAGGACAGGCCAAGUGAGCCAAAGUUCAUGCCUUCAUCACCAUGCCAUGGUAAAGCCCACAGGCCAGGUUCGACGUCCACUACCUUUCUCGGCUGUUCACUGCUGAGUGGUGGACCCAGGUAGGCCCAUGGCAAGAAGCACCGAGCUGCCAGGGGCAGCACGUGACAGGGGAAGGCAUGCGGGGCCUCCAACGGUCCACCUCUGAGUUCUGAGAGUCCAAGCCUGGCUUUGUAGAGCAGCCUGUUUGUUAGGAAAGGGACCGUUGCGGGGGAAAUCCUGUAUGGUUAAGCAACUACGAGGCGGCAGUUCCCUUAAAGGCUCGAUUUUGGUGGUUCCUACGAGGUCCCUCCCAACCCCAGACCUGAGUAUUCACCUAAUAAUCACCCCAAGGCAGCAACUCUCUCCUUACUGCAGAAUCUGGGCAGCAAAUAUGCCCAGAAAGAAAAAGGGAAUGAGCAUGGCCCACUGAAGGCCAAAGGGGGAGUGCCACAGACCUCAGACUCGCCAAGUCUUACCACAAAGUUCACUUCUCAGCAGACAAAAUUCACAUUUUAUUAAACUGCUAAAACUAAACCCUUCAGAGUCUAAAAUUUACUCAGAAACUACCAAAUGUUAUUGCUUUUAGAGACUAUCAAAAUUAAAACUGCCGCCUCUAGGGAAUUAGAAUUUGUAUGGUAUUGACUUCUAUUUGGAAAUACUUUGAUCUUCCAGAUGGCAAGUGGUAGAUUUUCUAUUCUUCCUGUAAAACUGAGACCAGGCUCCUAAUUUGAUGGAAAGGUUCUCUUAUUAGAAACAGGUGAGCUUCUGAGCAGAAACAUGGAGACUUUUCCUAAUCAAGAAAAAGACAAUUGAAAAAAAAAGUUCUGUAAACGAGGGCUAUGUCUCCUCCUUUCCACAGGACGUCUUGAUUGAUUUUGGGAAAGAAGCUACAGCUCCCAUAUUUCAUACCUGCACUUGUGUCACGUCCAUGCUGACAUGGGACUUCUUUAAAAAGCCAUGUGGAGCCACUGUGUGGCCAUGUGGUAUUAGCUCUCUGGAGCACCCUAGCUGUGUGGCUUUGGAGCAGUCUAAGAUGGCCAGAAUCUUGAUUUCCUCCUUGAAAAAACGGAGAGAAUCUGACUCAAAAGGUUGUUGAGAGGAUUAAAUGCGUCAUGGAAAGUAGCUGGCACAAAGCCUGGCACAGGGUCCUUCCUGCUCAACGUACGGCUGUUACUAUCAAGCCAGCAGGCCUCAUUUCCACUAACCGUGGGACUCCCAAGUUGUCCUCUUCUCACUCGUAGGCUCAGGGAACUUUCCAACAAAGUCCAAUACAGGACUAGGAGUUCUCAAAGUAAAACCCCAAAAUAUUCAACAUCAAGCUUCCUGCAAUAUCCUACCUUUGUCAGUGAAAAGCAUAGCUGUUAGUUUUCAUUAUUAUUACCAAAGACCAUACUGCCAUUUAAGUGUCAACUCACUGAACAUAGGGGGCACCUGUGUCUUCACUGCACAGAAGAACAGAGCAGGAGCUGGCACCACCCUACAGAGCCAGGCCCAUGAGCCUUUGCCAAGCGGGAAAGCGCUUUCUGCUCAUCCAUAUUUUGGUUCACUUCCAGGUGGACCACAGGUCUGUUUCCAGUAACCAAUUGGUUACUUACAAGAAAAAAACCUUGCUCUAGAGCUGAAAGGCAAGACCAUGACCAUUAACCCCGGAUCAUGAAGAAGAAUUUUAAUGAAAGUAGACUGGCAUUGUGAGGAGGCUGACUCAUGUUACCAGGGGACAUCCCAGCACUACUCUCUCAACCUUAAAAUGGAACGCACUGCACCCAAGACCAGCUUAAGACUCUUAGAGACAUUAAGUACUGAAAAGGUUAUAGGCCCCUCUGGAUCUAUAAUGAAAAUAUUUAAAUACUAAAUUAUAAAGUAAGUGCAAAGAUGUUAAACAAGUUUCUAAUUUUUCCCAUGACUACUUGGCUGUUUUUUCAGACCAAUAACAAUAUUAAAGUGUCUCAA